AUGGAGCGAGCGAAGGAGCCCGAUUGGCCUAUUGAUGGUAACUCAGCUCCGAUAAAGGAUGAGGCAAGCUAUACAGCACAGCAGCUAUCUCAAAGAAAUACACAAGUUGUCUCUGCUUCUUCAGCAGGUAUCAGAGCCGUUAUUUACCAAAUAACGUCUUUGUAUAUGAGAAACCCUGCAAAACUAUUCAGGCCUUCUCGAUUCGACUACCUCACAACAGCAAGAGCAUUGAUGCAUGGAGAGCUUGCGUCCAAACCUUGGAGCUUACGAACCCAUUCAGGAGUAGCUCUUUUAUACCAAUCAAUCAAGAAAGAAGGAUGGAAUUUUAUUCCACGGCAAGUGCUUCCUCCAAUAGUGGCAAACAGCGCAAUCGGGGUGAUACUUUAUUCGACUUAUCUCACAUUAUUACAACGCUUCAAUAAGAGAAAUCUGAACUCCAUUGAUGAUCCUAGCCCUGUUGACACCUUCAAAGCCGGUUUUAUUGCGGGGGCUGCUGCUAGCGUGGCUGCAUCACCGAUAGAUGCGCUUUACGCCCGGUCAAAUUACUCGGAGCUCGUAAGCGGUAAACAGAAGAGCAUGUGGGAGUAUGGAUUGUACAAACUAAAACAGAUUGGCCUGGUUGGAAUAUUUGCAGGUUUUAGCUUAAACUUUGUAAAGGAAAGCCUUGGAUUCGCAUUUUACUUUUCAGUAUUCGAGCUUGUGAAAAACCAGGGGUUCCACAAGACAGAAGCAGUUAUACAGCGGUAUCAAUAUUGGCGUUCAAGACUUUUCCAUAGUGAAGAAAACCGGGAAAAGAAUCAUAGAUUUUUCAGAGCUUUAAAUUUAACGUUUAUCCUUCUUGCCGGAGCAUCUGCCGCAACUACACUGCUGGCAAUCCAAUACCCACUCAAUAAAAUUCAAAAGGUCCACCUGACUAGACUAGAGUCUUUAGAUCUCUACAAUGAAGCACAUCAAUUGAAUCGGCGUCGCUUUUUUAAACUAUACUAUAACUCUUACAUUGAAACAUUCGAUAUUAUUCUACAACGAUGGCGAAAAUCCCACCUUUCUCUCUUUGGCUUCUGCUAUAGAGGCUUUUUUCGAUCAUCCUUCACUAGUAUCCCUGCGACAUCUGUUGGGCUUUUUGUUUUUGAAAUAUCCCGUCAGCAUUUUAGCGAAAGCCAAUUUUGA